GUUUUUCUGCUUGAUAUUGCAAACUGGUGUGUCUUACCAUAUUAUUUUAAUGUAAUUAUGAACACAUUGGUUUGUAGUGAAAAAAAAGUUUUACCGUUUACUGCACCUAGUUAUUCUUCUCGUUAUUUCCCUACCGCGGCUAAUGAACAGGAACUCUCGCACAUUCACGGAAAACGGUUUAUUACUUCUCCGCGUGGAUGAGUUCAGUUGACGCUAAGUAGACGCUUAAGUGAGAAGCUCUGUUCUCGUGAGUUACACAGAACACAGAAAUGAAACAGAAGACGGGCUUGAAAGGAGUUGAGGUCGAUAAGACAUCUACUGCCAUGAACACAGUAAAUAUAGUAAAAUUAGAGAAAUCCUGCUGUCCUGGACACUGCCGUUCUCGAGCCGUUUUCAGAUUACUCAUUAAUGUUCAUGGAACGCAAAAAACGGAUUUAAACCAGGAGCAUCUUGCAAAUGACUACAGGGCUUCGUCGCCAACAGCCUCCGUCAUCCAUCCAGUUGUUGAGGGACAUCAUCAGAAGAAAUGUGGUGCAGACAAUCAAGAUCGCAGCUCUCAAGAAACUGAGAAGCAGAAUGAGGAAGCUGAGAGUCCUUUACAUAAGAAGGAACAAAGCCUUUUGAGGAAAUCCAUCAGAAUUCUUUUCAUGUUGUUCAUUAUUUUGGGAAUAAUUGUUAUUUUCAUGAUUGCCAGCCAGUAUGUUUACCUGGAGUGGGACAGAAUUUUAAGGUCGCUGAGUCUUAACAAAUGCAUGAAUGGCUUUGUAAAACUGCGCUUUGUUGGAUUGUACAAUCCACCCAUAUGAACAUAUGAACCCAUAUUGCCUUCAGCACUCAA